AUGGCUGCUGAGAGAGCGAUGGGGCCACUGAUCGAUGUGGUGAAAGAGGCGGUGCUAGCGGCAGUGAGAGAGGAGCUGGCUGCACACAAGGAGGAGGUGAAUGAGCUGCGGCACAUGCUGACUGUUGCUGAGCAGAGGAAUGGGGCAACCACUGCUGCGAUGGAGGAGAACAGGAGAGAGUUUAUUGCAGCGAAGACGGAGUUUAUUGAAGUGAAGAGGGAGCUGAUUGCAGUGAAGACGGCGUUGUUUACAGUAAAUGCGGAGUUGGGCGAGCACAAGCAGUCAACUGCAUUGAAGUCGGAGGAGGCUGAGAGAAAGCUAGUGGCGGAGAUGAGAGGGCGGGUGGAGGAGAGGGAGAGGAAGUUUGCAGCAUUGCAGGGGGGGGUGAACGCAGUGAGGGGGGAGGUGACUACAGUGAAAGGGGAGGUCACUGAGCAGACCCUUCGUGUGCUCAAGCUUGAAGCUGCCUUGGAGGAGGCUUUGGUCGCACUUCUUGGUGCUUAG